AUGUCGGUCUCACCGUCGAGCUCUCUGCCGCGCAAGGCAUUACAUGAGCGUAGUAACUCUCAGAACAACUCUCAGAAUAACCGUCUCGGAAUUCGGGUCGUCCCUUACAGCCCUCCACGGGUUGCCUCAGAUGGUACUGUCACAUCAAAGACAAUUACUUACGCUGAUGCGAGUACCGAGACCGAUUCAGAGCUUGCUCAGACACAUGGUUCCCCGACACAUUCCUCCGACUCUCAGUUUGAAACUCCAUCACCAUCCCUGCAGCGGGCCCGGACUCGAAGUACAGUGCUUUCUCCAUCGCCAUUAAAGCGCCCUACUCGAUAUCCAUCCUCCGAAUUUGACCAAAACCCUGCACCCUGGUUGCCCCAUUAUGAUACCGAUGGUGAUGAUCAUACUUCUUAUGCUUCACGCCCACCUUCCCGGGAACCCUCAACUUCACCAAGACCUCCUUCUCGCAAAAGGGUCAUUAAUGUUCACGCCGAUAAGACCUUCUCCAUACUUCCUCAAGAUGCUUCUAUGUCGUCAAGGGUCGAAUCUCUCUGGUCUCUCCCCCCAUCUUUCACCACCGGUAACACAUCUUAUGGUCGAGGAUCAAUGGGUACAUACAGUGACGAUCGCCAGAGCCGUCCAGCCUCGCCUAUGACUCCUCUCACGGAACGAAACGCCAGUUCUCCAGUUAUUUCACCUCGGCCUCGAGAUCCGUCGACCCCGGACAACUCAAACUCAUCUCCAUGGAACUAUCGUUUGUUUGGGGGUCUCCGUAAAGUACCUAAAACACCUGACGUGAAGCAAAAACAGCCGCAGACUCAAGACGCUCCACCCGAGUUGCCUCUGCCCACGCUGCCAGAGGUUGAUCUGCCUGAUCAUGAGGCUGGUCCUUCUUCUCAGUGGCUCACUCAAAAGACAUCCUUUCAAUCUUCGUUAUCCGAACAAACCAGAUCAACAUUCUCUGAGAGAACGAAUGUCAAAACAUACGGAUUCAGCUCUCCCAUGAAUGUAGCAGACCUAAAUAGUCUGCCACCCUCAUCGAUCCAUUCCAAUAUUGAGCUACUCGGGGAUCCUUCCUCAGCUGAGGCUUCUUUGCAUAUCAGCACUCGUCCACAAACCGAGGACAGCAACGUUAAUGUCGUAACAUACGGUGGCCACUCAGCUUCUUCCUCUGUCGUCGCUGUUAGGAACCGCGUGAGACCUGAAUUUUCGCAAGAAAGCUUGAUUGUUCCCCCAUUGCAGCCAAGGAAAAGGAGAUCCUCAGACAGCUUUGCUCUGGCCAAAUCCCGCUCUCGUGAAACUUUACGAUCCCGAUCUGCAUCAAUUACCUCGUUAUCGACCAUCUUCACCCAAGAGGCUACUAGGGCCCUUUUCGUUGGACCCCCGACAAUUUUGCAACACGCUGGUCCAUCUUGGCUAGACCUUCAGAACCGACCUCAAGCACGCCCUCAUCAAUGGAGUGGACAGUUGUCAACAGUGAUGUCAGAAAGCGAAGGAGGCAGUGAGCCUGCGUCUCGAGCCCUCUCACUCUCUUCCGUCCCAGGUCGACGUGGUAGUGGGGUUGGAAGCAGUCACAGCAAGCAUGUGCUAAGUAUGGCAUCCUCACUUUUCGGUCUUGAGGAGCAUGUCGAAACCCCGUCCCACUCAAGGAGCAAUUCACUCGAAGCUCCUGCAGCGACCUUCGCGCGAAGCAUGCCUCGCGAUCCAGCAACCGGUACUAUUCGACUAGUUCGCGACCACGACGAGGAUGGCGAUGGUCUGGCUGAUUUGGAAGUCUACCAUCAUCCCUCGUCUCGGUCGCGAAUGGGGAGGUUUUUGUCAAGUUAUUCUUCUGAUCGGAGUCUGCGAUCGACUGCCAGCUUUAAUGCUGCUGUUCCUGCCUGGGCUAGGGUCUACUAUGGCAGUGGCGAGCGAAAAUGGCUGGCUGCCCAACCCUCUAUGGAGUCCAUGUACUCUGAAUACAGCCAGAGUCAGCCUCCCGACGGUCAGCUCAGCCGAUCCCCGAGUCAGGAUGCCAAUGCUCCCAACAUCCGCAACCCUCGACGCCGGCCUCGUGAAGGCUUACCUCCCCAGCAUUCAAAUACAGGCUCCAUGGACAUCAGCGCAGCUCCAGCUCACCCCGUCCUUGCUGUCGUGCGUAACAUCAAGAAGCAAACCUCUAGCAUAUGGUCACCUCACCUGGCUCGAGACCGACGUCCUGUUUCACAAAGCAUUUGGCAACCUCCCGCCUCGCAAUGGGAAGCACGCAGCGAACUGACUGGCCGACGCAACGCUCAGGUCACUAUGUUUGUAGUGGGAUUUGUUUUCCCAUUAGCCUGGAUGUUUGCCGCACUCAUUCCUAUUCAACGGAAUAACCAGACAGAAGAUAUUGAACGGAACAACAGUACAUCUGAGCUGGGCAAACGCAACGAAGCCUCAGCUCGGGCAAGCGGCGAAGAGGAUGCCGUUUUCACAAGCGCAAUCUGGUGGAGGAAGGUCAACCGAGGAAUGUCCCUCAUCGGUUUACUCAUCCUCGGCGCCAUCAUCGCGCUCAUCGUGGUCGGUGUUAAACAACGUUGGGGACAUUGA